UCCACGCUCGCUGCAGAGGACAGCGAAGGUACGAGGCAGGGCAGAGCAGAGCGGGGGACGUCGACCGUGCGUGAUUUCUUGGUCGGGCGACGCAGGCCGGCGACGACGGGGAGCCAGGCGCGGCUGCCGGAGAGCCAAGGGGGGCGGCACAAAAGGAGGAACGUGAGUGAGAGAGAGAGAGAGAGAGAGAGAGAGAGGCCGAGGAAGUUUCUCUUCGCUCGGCAAGCUGAUCGUUCACCGAGCAGCGCCGGCGAUCUCUUCCGACAGCGACGAUAGCCGCGGCCGCCGCCGCCGCCGCCGCCGCGCCCUCGAUGAGUAAGCGGCCUCCCCCCGAUCCCGUCGCGGUGCUGCGCGGUCAUCGCGCCUCGGUCACGGACGCUUGCUUCCACUUCUCUCGCCCCUUACUCUUCACUGGUGCUUCGGACGGCGAAUUGCGGAUUUGGGACACCACUCAGCGACGGACUGUUUCGUCUUCUUGGGUGCACAGUGCGGUUCAUGGGAUCAUCUGCGUCGCUACCAGCCCUGUACUUGGAGCUGAUAAGAUUCUCAGCCAGGGAAGGGAUGGGACAGUUAAGUGCUGGGACAUUGAAGAUGGUGGCCUAUCCAGAAAUCCCCUGCUGACUAUCAAGGCAAACUGUUAUCACUUUUGCAAGCUUUCCUUGGUGAAGAAGGCUUCUGCUUGUGUAAGGCCUGCUGAAGAGUCUGCACAUUUCCAAGACGUGGGAGUUGGAGAAACUUCCAAUUCAGAAGCCGGAAAUGGCAUUGGAGGACGGGUUGAGGGAAGUCAAGCAGAGUGUUCCCAUGCCUCUGAAGGUCCCAUCUACGUAGCUAUAGCAGGGGAGCAGACUUCACAGGUCGAAAUUUGGGAUCUUAGAAAUAAUCAAAGGUCAGUUCAACUACCUCCAGACAAUCUUGGAGCCUGCCAAGGGGUCUCAACUAAAGAAAGAGGUAUGUGCAUGGCAAUUCAAGCCUCUAUACCAUCUGGCUCACAGGGGUUCCUCAAUGUUUUGGCUGGUUACGAGGAUGGAUCAAUGCUGUGGUGGGACAUACGUAAUCCUCAGAUUCCAAUGACUUCUGUAAAGUUCCAUUCAGAGCCUGUUCUGAGCCUGUGCAUAGAUCAGUCAAACAGUGGGGGUAUCUCUGGUGCUGCAGAUGACAAAAUCGUAUGGUACAGUUUGGACCAUUCUCUGGGACGCUGUGUGGCUAAAACAGGAAUUAAUUUGGAGCGAGGUGGCGUCGCCAGCGCAUCAAUAAGACCAGAUGACAAAAUUGCUGCGACUGCUGGCUGGGAUCACAGAGUACGGAUAUAUAAUUAUCGCAAAGGAAGUCCUUUGGCAAUAUUGAAGUAUCACCAGGCAACGUGUAAUGCGGUUUUAUUCUCAACUGAUUGUAAGCUGAUGGCCUCUGCAUCAGAGGACACUAUGGUCGCGCUAUGGGAGCUCUAUCCUCCUCGUACUUGAAAAGGUAAUUGUGCAUUGUGCAAGGGUAGCUAG